UGCCCUGCCCUGCCCUGCCCGAUCGCGCCGGGGCGGGGAGCUGGCUGGGAUCACGGGCAUGUGCCCGGCAGCCGGGCUCCGGAGGCGCAUUUAAACGCCGGCCGCGGCCGAGUUCGGAGCAGCGCCCGCGCCCGACGCCACCAUCUCGGGAACAAAGCAGAGCCCGGCGGCCUGAUCGUCCCCGCCCGCCCGCUCUCCCCGUCGCCGCGGCCAGCCCUCGCCGGCUUCUGCUUUGCCUCCGCUCGGCGCGCUCCUGCCUAAGGCUGCUGGAGCACCAUGAGAGCCAUCCCCGCUCCCGGGAUCCGCUUCCUUCGCUCCUUCCCCAGGGACAGCUGGUAUAGAGGAUUAAUUCUUCUGCUAACCUUCUUGUGCUAUACUAGCUACCAUCUCUCACGGAAACCUAUCAGCAUUGUAAAGAGCGAACUGCAUUAUAACUGCUCUUCCCGAGGAGCCAAUCCACACAAUGGUUCAAACAGCACCACGUGGUGUGACUGGAAGCCUUUCGAUCAAGACAACUACAAAGAACUCUUUGGAGCCCUGGAUAAUGCCUUCCUGGUUGCCUAUGCUAUAGGAAUGUAUAUCAGCGGGAUUUUCGGUGAGCGCCUCCCGUUGCGCUACUAUCUCUCUGGAGGGAUGCUGCUGAGUGGAUUAUUCACUUGCUUAUUUGGACUGGGAUACUACUGGGAAAUCCAUUACCUUUGGUACUUCGUGAUCAUCCAGGUCUGCAAUGGUCUGGUGCAAACAACCGGCUGGCCAUCCGUCGUGACGUGUGUCGGCAACUGGUUUGGAAAGGGGAAACGGGGCUUUAUAAUGGGCAUCUGGAACUCGCACACGUCCGUUGGAAACAUCCUGGGGUCCCUGAUCGCGGGCGUCUGGGUUUCCCAGGCAUGGGGCUUGUCGUUCAUCGUACCUGGAAUCAUCAUUGCCUUCAUGGGAGUCGUCUGCUUCCUGUUCCUCAUUGAAUAUCCAGAAGAUGUAGAAUGCAGCCCUCCUCUUCACCAUGCCAGUUCAGAGGAGAAAGGUCUUGAGGCAGAACAUUCCAUUGGUGACGGGAGCCUAAGCGUGUCCAGCCACAGCAAAGAAAACAUCAUUGAUGCAGUAGAAAGUACAAAAGACUCAACAGAGGAACGGGAAGCCAUCAGUUUCCUUGACGCUCUCAAGAUACCUGGAGUGGUCGAGUUCUCCUUUUGCCUCUUGUUUGCAAAAUUGGUCAGCUACACUUUCCUCUACUGGCUGCCCCUUUACAUUGUGAAUGUUGCUCAUUUCAGUGCAAAGAAGGCUGGGGACAUGUCCACCCUCUUUGACGCCGGCGGCAUUGUUGGUGGCAUCCUUGCUGGUCUUAUCUCUGACUAUACUGGUGGUCGGGCCACCACAUGCUGUGUGAUGCUCAUUUUGGCUGCUCCCAUGUUAUUUCUAUACAACUACAUCGGCCAAAAUGGAUUCGCCACAUCAGUAGUGAUGUUAAUUAUCUGUGGAGGCCUGGUCAAUGGGCCUUAUGCUCUUAUCACAACGGCAGUGUCAGCUGACUUGGGCACUCAUGAAUGUCUCCAAGGAAAUGCAAAAGCCCUUUCCACCGUGACAGCUAUCAUUGAUGGGACAGGAUCUGUAGGUGCCGCUCUUGGACCCCUGCUGGCAGGGCUGAUCUCUCAUUCAGGCUGGGACAACGUCUUCUACAUGUUGAUAACGGCUGACAUCCUGGCUUGUCUACUCCUUUCACGUGUGGUAUACAAAGAAAUACGCGGAUGGUGUGGCUGCUAUACAAGAAAGAGAGGGUCACUAAACAUCACUUUUUGAAUAGACAUGUUCUGGGGCCAGGAGUCACGAUUUAAGGAAUUUUGACACCACUCCUGAAGCCAGAGGAGGCUGAAGAGACAACAGGGAAGAGCUUUGUUGAAAGGGUCAGUUUUGUGGCUGACCCUUAAGUACACUGCAGGCGGGUGGAAUUGACAAAGCUGAAACGGGAGAGUAUGCCAGAAACAAACGGGACUCUCUUGGAAACACCAGCUAAGCCCGUCACCAGCUGCCUUUGUUUUUAAACUGAUGGAAGGAAGCAUUACUAAGCAUCUGCAAUCAAAGGCAAAAGGAACUGAUGAUUUCGGGAUCCAUGCUGCAUCUCGAGGCCUCUGUUUUGUAGUGGCUGCCAGUUGCACUCCUUUUUGUUAUUUUUGUAUUAUUAUUAAAAUUGGUGCUG